UAUAAAUAUAAAUUCGCCUAUUUCUUAAGUAUCAUUAAGUAGUAGAAUUGAGUCAAAGUAAGAUGACGAAAGUACUCAUAGUUAUUGCAUUAUACCUUGCAACAGUAGCUGCAGGUCCUGAGGAGGACAUUUGGUUGCAGUUCAAUAAACGUAUGCCAAAUGCAUACUAUGGAUUGAAGGAACCCAUUGUGAGGCCUCCCAUUACUGGACGAGUUGUCGGAGGUAUUGAUGCCAACAUUGCGGACUUCCUGUAUCAACUUUCGUUGCGCUACAAUGGAUUCCAUGCCUGUGGAGCUUCGAUCAUUUCUAACCAAUGGGCUCUUUCGGCUGCUCACUGUACUUAUCCGUUGCCUAGUGUGGAUAUUGUAAGCCUUCGUGGAGGCACCGCUAACCGCUUGCUUGGAGGCACCAUAUUCAGUGUUGAUUUGAUUAUUAACCAUCCUCAAUACGUCGAUGAGACUCUUGAAAACGAUGUUUGUGUACUUCGCACUGUGCAAGCUUUGCAAGGAUUGGAUAUUACUCCCAUUCAGCUGGUGCCAGCUGAAACGUAUUAUCCGCAUGGAACUCGCGCCGUCGUGUCAGGCUGGGGUCUCACGAGCGUACCUGGGUCACUGCCAGUCACACUACAGAUGGUUGACAUCCCAGUGGUUGAUCAAGCAACAUGUCGCGCUGGGUGGCCAGAAGGAUGGGUGACCGAUGAUAUGAUUUGCGCCAGUGAGCCAAAUCGUGAUGCCUGCGAUGGAGAUAGCGGUGGCCCACUUGUUACUGGUGGACGACAAAUUGGUAUUGUUUCAUGGGGCGCACUAAACUGUCUUGGUAACGAACCUGGGGUAUAUGCCCGAGUAGCUUUCCCGCUUAUUCGUAACUGGAUCACAGAAGUCACCGGAGUGUAA